CUCCAGUCCAUCAGUCCAUUUGUCCCAACUUCUCUCUUAUUCUCUGAAGUUUGUACCAGAAAAUGGACCAGAUUCAGCACAAGUACGUAACCGUACAUGGCCUGAACCUCCACGUCGCCGACAUCGGAACCGGUCCCAAUGUGGUCGUGUUCCUGCACGGAUUCCCAGAAAUCUGGUACUCAUGGCGCCACCAGAUGAUCGCCGCAGCCACCGCAGGGUUCCGGGCCAUUGCGCCCGACUACCGCGGGUACGGACUCUCCGACCAGCCACCCGAACCAGAGAAGGCAACCUUCCAUGACCUCAUCAAUGACCUCCUUGGAAUUCUCGAUGCUUUAGCCAUUCCCAAGGUUUUCCUAGUUGGAAAAGAUUUUGGAUCCCGAUCGGCAUACUUGUUUGCCCUUCUACACCCGGAAAGGGUCUCAGGAGUUGUAACAUUAGGAGCUCCAUACAGACCACCAACAAGUCGUUCCGUGUACGACGAAUCCCUCCCUGAAGGUUUUUACAUCAACAGAUGGCAGGAACCUGGCCGGGCAGAAGCUGAUUUUGGACGACUUGAUGCAAAAACAGUUGUUCGGAAUGUUUACAUCCUUUUCUCAAGAAGUGAACUUCCAAUAGCUGCAGAAAACCAGGAGAUCAUGGACAUGGUGGACUCAUCUACACCUCUUCCCCCAUGGUUUACUGAGGAAGAUCUUGAAGCAUAUGGGAAGCUGUAUGAGAGAUCAGGUUUCCGAACUGCACUGCGAGUUCCAUAUAGGGUGAUUAAAGAAGAUUUGGGCAUAACCAUUGAUCCAACUAUUCAAGUUCCAGUGCUGAAUAUAAUGGGGAACAAGGAUUAUUCAUUCAAAUUUCCAGGGAUAGCAGAUUACAUAAACAGUGGAAAGAUGAAAGAGUUUGUCGCCAAUUUAGAGAUUGUGUUUCUCCCUGAAGGAACUCAUUUUGUUCAAGAACAAUUCCCUGACCAGAUAAAUGAGCUCAUCCUCACCUUCCUCGGAAAGCACAUUUGAUUAGAUGAAAAAAAUUGUCCAAGUUUCCAGAGA